AUUACAGUCUUACUGACACAUACCGAUAUUUACUGUGUUUACGUGUAGUGUGUCGUAGCAUAGUAGACAGUAAGAUAGUAGAUAGUACUACGCCUACCUGUAUGACGUUGUCAUUGAGUUCGUGUGGUUCAUAGAGAUACCGGACGCAAUGUAAUAAUAUUUUGAUCGAAAUCAACAUGUGUCCUUGUGAGUUGUAUCGUUUUCGUUGAGAAUUGAUUACAACUUACUCGCGUAGUUAGAUGCCGGUAAAACGACUGAAUUCGUCAUUAUUUAGAAUAAUAGAUUAUUAAUGUCUCUGUCAAACUAUUAGCGUUUUCGUAGUUUAUUAUUAUUUUUGUUUGAAAGAAACCUGCAUUUAGCGCAGUAUGUUGAUAAAUCAAGAUGUACAGUGGAGUGGCGUCGCACCGUCGGAAAUUCAAAUGUUUCCAGAUUUAGAACUUAUCGGCGAUGGCGAUUGUUUGCCUCUUUCGGAUGACUUAUUUCAGACGUUAAGUUCCGAAUUAGGUAUGCCGCUUCUUUUAGAUUCCGAGGUGCUUUCGGAAACAGACAACGAUUUUAAAAAUCAAAUUACGAAAGAUGUUUCUUUGGGAGAAACUGCGACUAAUUUCGAGGAUUUUACCAUAGAUGUAUUGCAACAAAAUUCAGAUACAAAUUUAGAUCUAACCAAUGAUGUAAACAUGGAAAUUAAAUUGGAGCCUGCGAGCCCUUACGUACAUCUACCCUUAUCUCCGGCGUUGAGUCAUUCAGAAUCUAGUACAUCGGAAUCACAAAUGGAAAUAGACUCUGUUACUCCUGGAAAUGAUUUUAAGUCAACUUUAGAAACACCACCAAUUUCACCUCCACAAAAUAUUUCCCCGUCCGUAUCUCCUGAACCGACAUUGAAUACAAGCAUUGCAAAACAAAUAAGGCUUAUGCCUUUUAAAUCUCAGGUUGAAAAGCAUACAAAGUUUAUUCUGUCUAAAGAAAAUUUGGCUAAACAUGUUCGAGUUCAACCAAAGGAUAAUAUACAGUUCACAACUGAUGAACAGCCUCGGAAAACUAUAUUUUUGAGCACACAAAAUUUUGUCGCGCUUACCCAAAAAGUUAAGCAAAAUUACACGUCCUAUCAUUUAUUGCCGACCAAUGGGAAUAUCGCAAACCAAGCAUCUGUACAGUUUUCACCACUGCAGAUAAAGGCAGAAGCUAGCACGGUCAAAAUACCACAAGAGAAUCAUGUGAAAGUAACGGAUAAUGUGCCAGACGCGUGUAUACCAGGAAGGGAACCGUCAGUUACCGUUGCCGAUACACCCUUAAUUCUUAAAAAUGGAACAACUGGAUGCGCCUCUAUAGUUGUGAAAAAUGACGCAUCUGGUUGCAGGCCAAUAGUUAUCAAGACAGAGAACUCGAAUUAUACCCCGAUCGUUAUAAAAAAUGAGGCACAAGAUAUAGUCAAUUACGCUGGACGACAAGAAUGCGAAAUAAAAGCAUUGAAAAGACAACAGAGGAUGAUUAAAAAUAGAGAAUCGGCUUGUCUUUCGCGAAAGAAGAAAAAGGAGUACGUGUCUUCGUUGGAGAAACAAAUUAGCGAAUUGCAACAUGAAAAUAAACAAUUGAAAAUGGAAAAUACGAACUUGAAACAGAAACUCGCGGGGUUAGAAGAUACGAUGGGUACUGGUAUCAAACUCAGGGGUAUGAAUCUCAAUGCGAAUAAGAAAAAUGUUGCUAUUCUUUUGGGAAUGGUUUUGAUGGUUUCCCUAAAUGUCAAUAGUUUUAGUGGUAUACUUUUGCAAAGUAAUCGGUUGAAUAUGUUGUCUGCCGAUGUUCCUGUUAAUACACAUGUCAGACGUGGCAGAACGUUACUUUGGACACUUAAAGAUCAAAUUCCCGAAGAAGACGAAGAGAGUUUUCGUAAAAAUACGUCGAUUCCUCAGCCAAUGUGUCCAAUGCACAUCAAUCAAAGUGAAUCGAUUCGUUUAGAUUACGAAUUGAGACGAUGGAUCGGCGGUGAAUCCGAUCAAUAUAAUUGGACUACACCUAAAAAGGCAAAGACAGAUUCUAAGCUUCUAGGAGAAUUUUUAUCAUCGCCGUACGCGAUGCAAAGAAAAACUAAAGAUAAACAUAAACUAAAAAUAAACUUAUCCCGAAAAAACAAAUCCGAAGUACAUCGAAAAACAGCAGGCUCGACGAUAUCGAACGCGGUGGAAGUUUUUUCUCCAACACUGAAAGAACAUGCUUCUCUAUUUGAAGCGUUAGGCAGAAGGGACGACACGUUUUAUGUCGUUUGGUUUAGCGGCGAGCAUUUGCUUCUACCAGCUUCGAACAAAAACAGUACAGGUAGACCAAGAAUGUCGUUGGUUCUUCCGGCGUUACCUAUGAACGAAACAUUUUCAACGCCUGCAAAUCAUAUAACUAUGAUGCAAAUCGACUGUGAGGUUACCAAUACGCAACUGUUGCAUUUACAACAAUCAGUCAUACCUAAUCAUUUGAAAAGCAAUAGGUCUGGAAGCCAUAUGCGCGAAACUCCUGUGGCCAGUGAUGUAUCGGACGCGGUAACUGCGAAUACGAUUAAGAAUUACAAACCAUAUUUUAUUAAAGAAUCCGAUCAGAAAAUUUUCCACGAAAGGAACGUGAAGGAUGUUCGCGUUGAUAAAAAUAGCAAAGAUUAUAAUAAGACGACCGCUUAUAUAUUGAAACAAAAAUUUAUUUCCGAAUUUGAUUUGGAGGAAGUCAAAACUGAAAUAUUAAGAGAGUCGAGGAAAACAGAACCACGAGCAAGAUCUAUGACAUCGCCAAAAACGGAAAAGUAGAGAUAUCUAUUGCGCUUCACCGGUGUUUAUCGUUCUCGUAAAAUGUAAUGCGUAACAGUAUCAUUAACAUAACACGAGAUAUAAUGCGCGCACGUCGACAUACAUACAUAUACGUAUAUAAAUAGCUGAUAGCAUUUUUAUUGUCAUAAAUGGCUCACAAUGCACGAUAGAUAGAUUCGUUGGUAGUAAAAGACUUGUAUAUUGUACAGGUGUGUUUGUAUUAAGUGUAACGUUAUAUUUAUAACGCGGGUAAUUACAUCUUGUUAUCGGUAACAUAUGAACGCGUGUAUACUUAUUUUAAGCACAAAGGUUAAAAUUACGUGUAGUCCAUAUUGGAAAAAAGCACUUUAAGCACAUACUGCUGGAGGAAUUGUGUGGAUACUUUUUGGACGAUAUUAUGUGUGGAUUUUUAGCUGGCACUGCCUUAGCAAAACGAUUAAAAGUAUUUGGUAUGUAAGUGCAAACUUACAAUAUUUGAAAGCCGAAUUUCCACGAGUACAACACUAAUGUGACAUAUUCUCACGUAUAACGUAUUUGUACUGAUUACAGAAAUAAAAGGACUUGAAACAAA